ACUUAGAUAAAAAAAGCCACGUAGAGCUUAAGAUGGACCAAGCACUGCUGCUCAUCCAUAACGAACUACACGGAACAAACCUGUCUGUCUACUGGAAUUCUGAACGCUGUUACCAUUGCUCAUUCCGGAUUCUGGUAAACGUUUCCUGGAGUGGAAAACCCGGGAAGCCUAGCACUGCAGCGGUUGCUGUGAGCACCCAGCAUGGAUCUAUCCUGCGACUUAAUGACACCAUGGAAGAGAAGGAAGUUUGUUGGCUGGAAUAUAAAUUUGGAGAAUUUGGAAACUAUUCACUCUUGGUAAAGCACGUCCAUAAUGGAGUCAGUGAAGUUGCUUGUGACCUAGUUGUCAAUAAGAAUCCAAUUGACAGUAACCUUCCUGUGUGUGUCGCUUUCCUUGUCGGUGUGGUGAUCAUCAUUGCAGUCUCCUUUCUCAAGUUCUUAAUGAGUUUGGAUGACUUUCAUAAUUGGAUUUCUAAAGCAAUAAAUACACGAGAAACUGAUCGCCUAAUCAAUUCUGAGCUGGGGUCUCCGAGCAGGGCAGACUCGCUCGGUGGUGAUAGUCAACCAGAAGCAUGGCGUCCACCCGCCUCACCUCCGCGACUCCGCUGUGUAGACACAUUCAGGGGGUUUGUUUAUUUUUGAGAGAGACAGAGACAGCACCAGUGGGA